CUGGAAAGCGAAGCGGAGUGAGAGGUUUUCCAGGGCUUUGAGACACCGAACGAUCACCGGUUGCUCUUCAGAAGAAGCGGAUUUUGCAGUCUUCAUCAUGGUGAGAAAGAAGAGAACUGAAGGUCCUAGCGGAGGUGAAAGCUCUGAGACUCACGAAAGUGGGGGAAGCGGAAGAGGUUCUCAGCGCCCUCCAGAAAGGAGUGCUCACAGCGGCUCACAGCAGUCAGCUGGUGGACCCCAAGGAGGUAGAGGCUGGUAUCCUCAGGAGGGGGGGGGUUAUGGUGGAGGACGUGGUCGUGGGUUACCCCAACAGCAGUAUGGUGGCCCCCCUGAUUAUCAAGGCAGAGGGAGGGGAGGAUCUUUUCAACAGGGGGGUCGUGGUGGAUUUAGUGGUGGUCGGGGUGGUGCGGGCGGAAGCGGACGUGCUGGAGGGCCUUCAUAUGGUGUCCCAUCCCGACCAGAAGUUCCCGAGCUGCACCAAGCAACCUCAGCUUCAUAUCAAGCUGGGGUGACUCCUCAGGCUGUUACAUCUGAGGCCAGUUCUGUUUCACAGCUUUCUGAGACAACACAGUUGCAACAGCAAAUGAAGCAGUUAACCAUUCAACCAGAAGCUUCUUCUGCCCCACCAGCCUCAAGUAAAUCAGUGAGGUUUCCCCUUCGGCCUGGAAAGGGUAGCUUUGGCACAAGAUGUAUAGUCAAAGCUAACCAUUUCUUUGCUGAGUUACCAAACAAAGAUCUUCACCAGUAUGAUGUAACCAUAACUCCAGAAGUGCCAUCCAGAGGUGUAAACCGUGCUGUUAUGGAGGAGCUGGUUAGGCUGUAUCGUGAGUCUCAUCUAGGCAUGAGACUACCUGCAUAUGAUGGUCGCAAGAGCCUGUACACUGCUGGUCCUCUUCCUUUUGUUUCAAAUGAGUUUAGAAUCACUCUCAUUGAUGAAGAGGAUGGAGCAGGAGCAGGAGCAGGAGCUCAAAGGAGAGUGAGGGAUUUCAAAGUUGUGAUAAAAUUAGCUGCCCGAGCUGACCUUCAUCACUUGGGAAUGUUUUUGCAAGGAAGACAAACAGAUGCACCUCAGGAAGCUCUUCAGGUUCUUGACAUUGUUCUUCGUGAACUACCAACCACUAGGUAUUGUCCUGUCGGAAGAUCUUUCUAUUCACCUGAUAUAGGUAGGAGGCAACCAUUAGGUGAGGGUUUGGAGAGCUGGCGUGGGUUUUACCAAAGUAUUCGUCCAACUCAGAUGGGGUUAUCUCUCAACAUUGAUAUGUCGUCAACAGCGUUUAUUGAACCCUUGCCAGUAAUUGAUUUUGUAACUCAGCUGCUGAACAGGGAUGUCACCACCCGUCCAUUAUCCGAUGCUGACCGUGUAAAGAUCAAAAAAGCACUUCGUGGUGUCAAAGUUGAAGUAACACACCGUGGAAACAUGAGAAGAAAAUAUCGCAUUUCUGGCCUGACAUCACAGGCAACUAGAGAGCUGACAUUCCCUGUUGAUGAGAGGGGGACUGUGAAAUCUGUUGUGGAGUACUUUUAUGAGACGUACGGAUUUGUCAUUCAACAUACUCAGUGGCCUUGCUUGCAAGUGGGAAAUACAAAUAGACCAAACUAUUUGCCAAUGGAGGUUUGCAAGAUUGUGGAAGGUCAACGGUACUCAAAGAGGUUGAAUGAGAGGCAGAUUACUGCUCUGCUUAAAGUCACCUGUCAGCGACCUCUUGAUAGGGAGCGUGAUAUCAUGCAGACGGUUCAUCACAAUGCAUACCGUGAAGAUCCUUAUGCUAGAGAGUUUGGGAUCAAAAUCAGUGAGAAACUUGCACAAGUUGAAGCUCGCAUUCUUCCUGCACCUUGGCUGAAGUAUCAUGAUACAGGAAGAGAAAAAGAUUGUCUCCCUCAAGUUGGCCAAUGGAAUAUGAUGAAUAAGAAAAUGGUCAAUGGGGGGACUGUUAACAACUGGAUCUGCAUAAAUUUUUCAAGGAAUGUUCAAGAGAGUGUGGCCGGUGGCUUUUGUUAUGAACUGGCACAGAUGUGUUAUAUAUCUGGCAUGGCAUUUAAUCCAGAGCCAGUAGUUCCUGUGAUCAGUGGCCGCCAUGACCAGGUUGAGAAGGUUCUGAAAUCCCGCUAUCAUGACGCCAAGGCAAAAUUGAAGGAUAAGGAGCUUGAUCUGCUUAUUGUUAUUCUGCCUGAUAACAAUGGCUCUCUUUAUGGUGAUCUGAAACGUAUUUGUGAGACGGAGCUUGGGGUUGUUUCCCAGUGCUGUUUAACAAAACAUGUCUUUAAAAUGAACAAGCAGUACCUUGCAAAUGUUGCUUUAAAAAUCAACGUGAAGGUUGGUGGAAGGAACACAGUGCUUGUCGAUGCACUUUCAAGACGCAUUCCUUUAGUUAGUGACCGACCCACAAUUAUAUUUGGAGCUGAUGUUACUCACCCACACCCUGGGGAGGAUUCUAGUCCAUCUAUAGCAGCUGUUGUGGCUUCUCAAGAUUGGCCUGAAAUUACCAAGUAUUCUGGUUUGGUUUGUGCUCAAGCACACAGGCAGGAGCUCAUCCAAGACCUUUUCAAGCAGUGGCAAGAUCCAGCGAGGGGGACAGUAACUGGUGGAAUGAUCAAGGAUCUUCUCAUAUCUUUUCGGAGAGCCACAGGGCAGAAGCCACAACGCAUCAUAUUUUACAGGGAUGGUGUGAGUGAAGGACAAUUUUACCAAGUCUUGCUUUUUGAGCUUGAUGCUAUCCGCAAGGCAUGUGCAUCAUUAGAACCUAACUAUCAGCCUCCUGUCACUUUUGUGGUGGUUCAAAAGCGCCAUCACACGAGGCUGUUUGCUAACAACCAUCAUGAUCGGCAUUCAAUUGACCGUAGUGGGAAUAUAUUGCCUGGUACGGUUGUAGACUCCAAAAUUUGUCAUCCCACUGAGUUUGACUUCUAUCUCUGCAGCCAUGCUGGGAUACAGGGUACAAGCCGACCUGCCCAUUACCAUGUAUUAUGGGAUGAAAACAAUUUUACUGCCGAUGCACUUCAGACACUGACUAACAACCUCUGCUACACCUAUGCAAGAUGCACGCGAUCCGUUUCAAUCGUGCCUCCUGCAUACUAUGCACACUUGGCCGCAUUCCGAGCUCGAUUUUAUAUGGAACCAGCUACAUCGGAUAGCGAGUCAAUGAGUGCUGCUGCUGGACGUGGAGGGGGUUUUGGUCCAGGACGUAGCACUCGUGCACCUGGUGCAAGUGCUGUGGUCAGGCCUCUUCCUGCUCUUAAAGAGAAUGUGAAGAGGGUUAUGUUUUAUUGUUAAGCCAUGUGAUGCUUGUUUUCAAGUUUGUAUGGCCAUAAUUUGGAGUUCAUGAAAGACUUCGAUGGUGCGAAUCCCUCUUAACCCUGGAAAUGGUCAAGUUUGUCACUGUUUCAGACGAUGGUAGUGGGGACACGGUUCGCUUGAAGUAGCAUCCGUUGAUAUUGCAGGCCCUUCUUAUUGGGUUCUAGGUAUCUCGGUCAUACAAUUGAAAUUGUCGUGUUUUUAUGAAUCUUAUUGAAAGUUUCUAUUUCUGCUCACAUUUCAGCUCCAUUUAGUAGUUUCAGUUGUUUUAAUUAA